GUCAACACGGAAACCACUUUUACAACAGUCAUGGAGACUCUUGAACCUUUGAAGGACCUGAGAGCCAGCUCUGAGGCCCUGGAGUUUUUAUCCAGAAUAGGGCCCAGUGAACUGGAUCUUUGUCUCUUUCCGGAGUCUUUACAGACAGCGUCAGAUUCGGGGACAGAGGUCGGAGAUUUCACCGUCAGCAUCCAACCUGCCUACUAUGAACAGGAAGGAGAAGAGGAGGAAAAAUGUUUUCUGGUUCACGCCAACAGUUACGGCACCAUUGAUGGCGUGCCGUGUGGAACCUCCAUAGUCGCUUAUAUUACACCCAAGCUGGAAACCUUAGAACAGCACCUUCAUGAGUACGUCAAGUUUAAAGCACGUCCUCUCGACAAGAAAACUCACAUGAAGAGGAAAGGAGACAAGCUGGUGAUCAACAUAGUCAUUGUAGAGGGUCAGCAAAGGCAGCAAGAAACAUCAUCACAUGACCUGAGCUCACUGAGCGGGUUUAUUUCUGAGGCAUCAAACUUGCUAAUUAUGCGGCUUCUGGCGAGAACGAAGAAUACACAGCGGUUGGAUUUCCUGGCCUUCGAUGCAGAGAUGAACUUGUGUAUUUCAUCCUAUAGUGAGCUCGGAUCCCGUCCCCAGGUUAUCGGGAAAGACACAGUGGAGGUUUACGGCAUAGAGAGAACGAUUUAUUCUGAGGAUAUACCUAACACUUGGCAGUACUACUUCCUAUCAGACGGGCAUUUGGCUAGUCGGGUCCAGGUCGGCUCUCCUGUUAUUGUUAAACUCAUGGAAAUGCCCAUAUUAUCUGAGCCAGAGGAAAAAGAUCCUAAACCAGUGUUUGAGAAGAAGCCAUUGGAUUGGCAGGAUGAUGUACAACUCCAUUCUGAGUUCCUGGACAGAAAGGAAGAACUGAUCUCAGACCAUGAAACGUACCUCACCCGGCACCCAGAAAUGAAAGUUCUCCUGAGCGAUUUCAUGCAGUUCCUUCUCCUUAGAAAGCCAGACGACGUCUUUACUUUUGCUGCUGAGUUUUUCGCUCCUUUCUCUUCAGCCGCAGAAAGAGGCGACACUUUCCGAUCAUCCAAAGUGUCCAACCCUUUUUAUAAUGACACUAAUGAGACCCAAUAA